AACCACCGGUCGGGGAGAGUCGUGGCAUCCGGCGAAAUUGAGGGCCCCUAUAGGCUGCCAGAGCAGGGAGGAGCCGAGCGGCCUCGGGGGUCCACCAAUGGGUCGGGCCAGAGGCGGUGACGUCACGUGACGUCAGGCGAGGGACGGCAGCUGGAGUGGGGGGGUGAGGGGCGGGAAGGACCGGGACUGGUCCCGGGAGCUUUAUCUCCUUGGCCCUGGGGCCGGCUGCGCUAGAGUGGAUUGGGGAUUGGGUGCGCGUGUACCAUUUUCCGCCUGAGUGCGAAGCUACGCUCCCUCACUCGCUGUUCCCUGCCUCCGGAAAAGCUGUUCUCCAGUUACCCAGUGUAAUGAUGGGGGAAGAGAAAACUUCUGUAAGAAGUCGCUGUCUUACAUCCAAAGAGAAUGACGAAGAAAAGAAAAGUCCACCCAAAGAAGACACUCUACAUACAUCAGAAGAGACUUGUCAGACCCCAGAAAAUAGUAAAUUUGACAGUGAACAACACCUGAAAAAGAAGAUACUGUUGACAGUAGAGGCAGAGCAGUUGAAGCCAUAUUUUAUGAAGGAAGUAGGCACUCAUUUUGAUGAAUUUGUGACCAAUCUUAUUGAAAAAUCAGCCUCCCUGGAUAUCUCUGGGUCUGUGAACACAUCCUUUGCUGUUCUCAAUGGAGGGAAGAAUCACCACAGAGAUGUGAUUCUGAGAAACCCUCCAGAACAAGGAAAACUUUUCAUUAUGAGAAAGUCUCUGUUGGAUGAGCUAUUUGAGGUAGACCAUAUUCGAACAAUAUAUCAUAUGUUUAUUGCUGUCCUCAUCCUCUUCGUUCUCAGCACAGUUGUAGUGGAUUACAUUGAUGAAGGAAGGUUGGUCCUAGAAUUCAGUCUCCUCUCUUAUGCUUUUGGCAAAUUACCUCAUGUAGUUUUGAUUUGGUUGUACAUGUUCCUAGCUACAUUGAUCAUUCCGUAUGUUCUACUUGAACGCUGGGCCAAGGGAUAUACCGAGAGCUCCCGUCCAUUUUUCCGUUCUUUCUGCUAUGGGAUGCUUUUCAUGUUUUUCCAGAUUUUAGUUUUGGGAUGUGGAUCAACUUAUACUGUAUUGGCCUAUACAUUGCCACCAGCUUCCCGAUUUAUUGUCAUUCUUGAACAGGUACGGUUCAUUAUGAAAGCUCAUUCAUUUAUUCGGGAGAAUGUUCCUCGGGUUUUGGCUGCUGCUAAGGAAAAAUCACGCACUGUUCCAGUACCCCAAGUCAGCCAGUACUUGUACUUUUUGUUUGCACCUACUCUUAUCUAUAGAGACAAUUAUCCCAGGAAUUCCACUAUCAGAUGGAGUUAUGUAGCUACCCGGUUUGCACAGGUUUUUGGUUGCUUGUUUUAUACAUAUUACAUCUUUGAAAGACUCUGUGUUCCCUUGUUUCGGAAUAUCAAACAAGAGCCCUUCAGUUUGCGGGUUUUGGUUCUGUGCAUAUUCAACUCCAUUUUGCCAGGUGUGCUGAUGUUAUUUCUGUCCUUUUUUGCGAUAUUGCACUGUUGGUUUAAUGCUUUUGCGGAGAUGUUACGCUUUGGGGACAGGAUGUUCUAUAGGGAUUGGUGGAACUCAACAUCAUAUGCCAACUAUUAUAGAACAUGGAAUGUGGUGGUUCAUGACUGGCUCUAUUAUUAUGCAUACAAAGACUUCCUAUGGUUUUUUAGCAGGAGGUUCAAAACAGCUGCCAUGAUGUCUGUCUUUGCAGUGUCUGCCAUAGUGCAUGAGUAUGCCCUGGCCCUGUGCUUCAGCUUUUUCUAUCCAGUCCUCUUUGUACUCUUCAUGUUCUUUGGAAUGAUUUUCAAUUUCAUUGCCAAUGAUAAUCGAAAACGACCUAUUUGGAACAUCAUGAUGUGGACAUCUCUCUUCUUGGGGCAUGGAAUCCUAGUGUGCUUAUAUUCUCAUGAGUGGUAUGCACGUCAGCAGUGCCCUUUAAAAAAUUCCACAUUUCUAGACUACAUAAGACCACGCUCUUGGACAUGUCACUAUGUGUUUUGAAAACCUGAAGUUUUUUUUCCUUGAUUGAAUGUAUGUGCCACCUGAUUCUGGAGAAGCAGCUUUUUACUUAGAAAUAAAAAGCUAUGCCGCGUUGAGUACAAUUGGGUUGCUGCAAGGGACUCCGUCCAAAAGGUGCCUGUGCCAUGCCAGUCACCUAAAGCCAAGAUAAUGAGUGAAGUCCAGCAGCCUCUUGUUAAGCAGGAAUUUUCCUCUCUUUGGAGAGUAAUCUCUAAGGUACAGACAGAUUUUUGACCGAGUCAGUUCUACACAAAGCUUAAGGGUUAUGUUCAUUCGUUAUUUAUCUCUCUGUACUCAUUUAUUAAACACUUGGGUAUGUUUUUUAGUGACUGAAGUAGCCAAAACACAUGUGAAAAGGUCAUGCUUUGAAUAUCUGUUGUUCGCAACUUAUUUCUCCGAACAUUGUUGUUAUGUGUGUUGAUUAAAAAUGUAUUUGAAAGAGAACAGUGUUAAUGUGGAAUACUAUAUUUUUAAAAGCCUAUGUCACUGAUUUUUAGAAAGGUGAUUCUUAAUACUUUUUUGUAUUGUUUUUAUUCCAAAAGAAACUUAAGAAUCCACUUAAUUGAGUUAAAAAAUGUUUUGAAUUCAAGCUACCAUUUUCAUAUUGGUUCUCUAUUUCCUAAUAGAGGCCAUGUGACUUAUGUGAAACAAGUAAACCUUUGUAUUGUAAAUCUUAGGUAGGCUCACAUUCCUAAAAUUUGUAUCUCUUCCUGAGCAUGCCCAGAAGUGGGGAGAGAAAACAGAAAAGCAACAGUGAUUUUGCUUUUCUCAUAGUCCUCCUUAACCAUUUGUUUCCUUGUUUUAGAGACCAAAUAAACAUUGGAAUUUAACUGGAAAUAAUACAUAGAUUUUUAGAGAUUAAAAUUAGCGUCUGUUUUUUAAAAUCCAGGUUAGUUUGGUGUUAUUUCGAAUUAUCUUCUGCCAUAACUAUUGUUCUCCAAGAUUGAAUCAUCUUAAAAUAUGAUGCAGACUAAAUUCUGUAAAUAGAUCAUGAGCCGGGUCAGUUUCCUCCCUAGUAAGUUGAGUGAUUAACUCAGAAGCCGGCUCCUGCAUGGUUUUCGUCAUGACUUUUCAGUGAUAGAUGUUAUUCCAUGUCAUAUUUUGUUUCUUCCAUAAUGUCUUUUAAUGGUCUGCCAGAGGGAAAGUUUGAAUUUUGCUAUUAUUGUAAAUGUGACUGUUUGGUUUUAAAAUAUUAGAAUUCGACCAUCAAGUUCAGCCUCUGACUCAGGUUUAUAGAUAUGUGAAGAAUUUGGAGAUUCUCUUCACCAAAGCAGUAGGAAGUUUCAGAGGAGUCUCCUGAAGUCAUGCAGCUAGACUACGAGAUUUGAACCCAGAUCUUUGUGAUAAGAAAGUUCUGCAUUCUUGGUAUAGCACCACUUCUGUGAUCCAAAGAAUAACACUGCAUUUCCAACAAGUAAUAGUACAUUUAUUUGGGUGUUUUUCUGUUUUUCUCUAUUGUCAACUGAGUAAAAACUAUAUACUUAAUUGUGGUGUAUGGUCAUUGCUCAAAAAAAUAUUUAAAUUCCUCUUUUGAAAAUUGCCUUUGGAGGUACUUUUCAAGCAUCUUGGGAAAAUCAGUCUUAUUAUUUUAUAAUCAUAUCUAAUUUUGACUCACAACAUAGUAAUCAGGUUUAUCAACUACCUUAUUUACCAACCUUAAUUCCAAAUGCCUUCUGAAAAUCAAAUAUGUCUUUUCAUAAGACCAAAGUUGUUACCAUUGACAAUCCUCAAAAGACUGUUUCCCACAUUGAAAUGAGCCUCUGGCCUCCCUUAAUGAUUACUUUGAAAAGAGUUUUCUGAAACAAUACAGGGUGGAAUGUCUCUUUUUUUAAAAAAAAUUUUUAAACCCUUACACUACAAUAUGGUGUAUGGGUUCAAAGGCAGGCAGUGGGGGUCAAGUGACUUGCCCAGGGUCACACAGCUGGAAAUUAUCUGAGGCCACAUUUGAACCUAGGACUUCCUGUCUCUAGGUGUGGCUCUCAAUCCACCGAGCUACCCAGAUGCCCCCAUCUCUCUUUAUUUUAAAGUCCUGGACGAAACGAAACUCUGGUUGGAGGGUAAAUAGAGCAAGUUCUUUUAACUAUGUCAACUCAUUCACCCGGAGCUUUUGGUUAGCAUUUACAUGCUUUAAUUUACAGUUUUUAAUUCAAUAUCUAAUUCUAAUCUCAUGGAGAUGUAGAGAUUAAUUAUGUCAAUAUCACUGAAUGCCUGGCCAUUAAAAAAAUUUUUUUUUUUUGCUCAGAUUAAUUCCAUUCUAACUGUAAAGUAGCAAUUGUCUGGGAUCUAAAUAAUUCGAAACCCUUUCAGGCAGAACCCUCUAGUUUGAAGGUGCUCUUGCUUCCCGUGUGCAAGUUUGGCAUGUCAACAAAAGCUUUAUGUUUCGAUGUGGGUGCAUUCGGAGUCACAAAAAUCAUUUCAACUUUUAUUUUCCCUUGAGAGUGAAUAUGAAGGUAACUUUCUACUAUUGUGUUAUUUCAUGACUUGAAUUUUUCCAUAGGUGAUAUAGCAUAGCUACUGUUGCUCAGUAUGAUUUUAGAAAAUCUUGAUCAUUAUAAAUGUCCUCUCUGGAAAAGAAAAUAGCUUGACUUUGUCCUUGGAGAGAAAUGUAAUCUCUAGAUCUGUGAGGACUUUCUGGCAGAAAAAUGAUAAAACAUUAUAGGAAAUCCAUUUAAUGUAGAAUAAGGCUUGUAUUGCAUAAUUAUGCUUAAUCGGAGAUUUAGAAUUGACCUCUUAAGCAUCUCUCCUCUUCCUACAGAAAAUAGCAAAAACAAGUUAAAUGUAAAGUGGGCCUUUGGACCAUCACAUUUAAUCCCAUUUCCUCCUCUUUAGGUUCUUUUAAAAAUUCUUUUUUCUUCUAUUUGAAAGAAAAUGGAUCCUGUGUGUUUCUUAGAAUCAAAUAGUUUCCCUUGAGGCAGAAUUUAUUCCAGCAAUUACUUUCAGCAGUAUUGUCUACAUAGCAUGCAUAUACCCUACUCCAGACGUGUCUCUGUAGGCACAGGCAUCUCUCCAGGUUACAGAACAGUUGUUAGUCUGUAAGCCAAUACAACGAAUGAAAUCAGUUCUAGACGCCCCCCCCCCCCCCUCCAUUAAGCAUUUAUUCCUUACUGUGUGAUAAACUGUGAUAAGCAAUGGGAAGACAACAAGGUAAAAGCAGCCCCUGCCCUCGAGGAGCUUGCUAUUAUUUAGUGAUUUAGGGGGAUUUGGAAACCAAAGUGCACACUUAGAGUACAAGGAGUGCCGCGUUAAUUGAAUCAAGUUGGAUCUCUCUAUUGGAGGUAGUAUUAUUGCUAAUAGAUUCCCACUGUUGAUAAAAGUGUAUUUGUAACUUCUUCCUUGUUCUAAGACGGGCUCCGUAUAUUCUUAUACAAUGGAGAUUCAGAUAUUUUUGGCCCUCUAGGGAAAAUCAGCAUUGUCUUCCUUUGUGACACUGCAUUUCAAACUUCCUCACACGUUAUGAUAGUGAGGAGAGUUAGUGCUGUAGCCACUAAAUUAAAGUCACUGGGAUAUAAAUCACGAACUACUAGGAACAUUUGUAGGGCAGAUUGAAGGCGAGGAGAGAAAUUUGUUGUAUCAAGUCUUAGAGGUCACCAAAGCAGAAGAGUGGUUGAGGCUAGGUACUUGAUAUUAAGUGACUGGAAGUCUCCGAGGUCAGAUUUGAACCCAGGACCUCCCUUUUCUAGGCCUGGCUCUCUCUCCGCCAAGCCACCUAACUCCCUCUGUAUAUAUUUUACUAGAUCUUUAGGAAGCAGCAUUUUUUGUGGGAAAAGAAGGUUAAUUCUAGAAAUAGGAAUAAAGACUUUUCCAUGAUAGCCAUACCUGCGUGUUUUUUCACAUGAUUCAGAAGAGUUGCUGAAGGUACUUCUUCCCAAAAGCAUCUUUCGUAAUUUCUCUGUUUUCCUCACACUUUUCUCCAUUGAAUGAUCACUGACUUGCCUUUCUGCUUUGGUAGAACUCAGGAGCAGGGUUCAGUGUGUUUCCCCUUGCACUUAGAGCUGCCCCGGGUCUCAGUAAAGGACCCUCGCCUUUUAUUUAACAGCUGCUUGUUGGUGGUCUCUGAUGUUCUUUUUCAUUUUUCUCAAGUGGUGGGUGGGUGUGUUUUUGUCGUCUGUCUUGUUUUAAAUACAUUUGUCACGUGAGAACAUUGGCCCCCCCAACGAAUGCUGACGUUUUAGCAGUAAUACAGUGUAGAGUUGAAGCUUAGAGCAGUUGUGCCAAGGAACAAGCUGGUUGUCCCCCAGUGGGGAUCCUACUUACUGCAUGAGCCGGAGCAGCAGCUUCCCUUGGGUGGACCAUUCAAGCAUUGUACAUUAUCCAUAAUAUUAUUCCAAGGAAAACUGAAGGUAUACUUCAAAGCUGAAGUUAUUUUUACAUAUUAUCAGAGUUGAUCCUUUUUCAUCUGAUUUUUCUGGGUUCCUGGUUGUUUUUUCCCCUUGAAUCUUUGUCUAGUCACUGGUACUACAAUUUGUUGAGUAUGCAUUGUACUCAGAUUGACUUUUUAAACAAACGAUGUCUUUUUAAAACGUUGAAAUAUUUGGGAAAUGGAGAAAUACUGCUCACAUGAAGAAUAUAAUAAAUAUAUUUGGAAAAA